GGUAAAAUGGCAGCUUUGGCGCAAUUGCACCUCUGGGGCGCCACCUUGUUGCUAUGUCAGUUUCUACUUAUUGCCGGGGAGCAGCUGCAUUUGUCUCGCUUACCUUUCUGCGAGGAGCACCUACGUAACCUACCAGCCCACACACCCGAGCUUCGUGAACUUAGGGACCUGUUCCAGACAUGGACGAUGCACAAAAGAAUAGAGCUGGACAUGAUCAACUUGCUCGGUAGAUUGCGAGAGCCACCUACAAAGAUAGAGGAGAUUUACGCAUGGAAGACGACGUGGAAUGAAAGCUACGUCUCCAGCAGGCGCCGAGCGUCGGCUGACGCCCUCGAUCAAAUAGAGCGAAACAUAACAAGCCUUGUGAAAUCAUUGCGGUCAAAGGGGCACAUUCCACCAUCUACUACUGUUCAAGACCUGGUGCAAUGUACCAGCGGCCAUUUGCAGCCCCGGCUCUUCCCGGACCAGCCGGUGGUGUCCUUCAUGUUGCAGUACUUCAAGCGACCCAAAGUAGUGGAUGCAUUCGUUAGCAUGCUUCAGGUGUGCAACCAGCUGAUCCCCUCCGAGUUCUUGGUUAACGUGGACAGCCCGCAGGAGGGGCAGCGGUGGGCUGACCUCAGCUGGAGCACCAGCGGCUUCGUGGUGCCCGUCAUGUCGUUCAACCUGCACGAGCUGCGCGGCUACAACAGGCUGGCGGGCAUGGCGCGGGGCAAGUACAUGGUGCUGCUGCAGGACGACGACCUGAUUGAGCCCGCCGACUGCUCCUGGCUGCCCCCGCUGGUGGCCCAGUUCGAGGCCAUGCCCGAGCUGGCCAUGGUGGGCUUCAACAAGCUGCAGCUGUCGCACGGGCCGGGCAACGACCUGAACGCCAACAACUUCUACGACCCCGCAACAAACAACGACAUGAUCUUCGCAUUCCAGGUGGACCUCGCGCCCAUAGCCAUCCGCCGCUCGGCCUUCCGUCUGGUGGGCGGUCUGGACGAGGGGAUGUCCGACCGAGGCGAGUGCGGCAUCUGGUCCGACUGGGAGCUCUCCAUCCGCCUCUGGGUGGCAGGCUGGCGAGUGGCCUUCAUGCCCCUCAUGCGCAAGACGGAGGGCGACCCGGGGCAGCCGGGCGGCACACACAAGCCCGAGACGGGGGUGCGCUGCUGGGGGCGGCAGCAGGGGCUGGGCUCCUCGUUCUACAUGGCCCGCUGGGGGUCGGGCUGGGGCGGCGCGCCGGGCAAGUUCCUGGAGAAGCUUGAGAACCAUGUGCGUCUCGCGAACCUGAAGCUGCUGAAGGGCAAGUACACGAGGUGCCCGUUCAGGAAGGGCUGUGUGCCGGAGGGGGAUCCACCCCUACCGGCGGAGUAUGGGGAUUACAAGCAUGAGGCGAAGGGAAUGGUGGAUGCGUAGGGUGGUGAGGGGGGAAAGUUACAUAAGAAAUGCAAACAACUAGGGUGGAGAGCGAAGAGGGGGAAAGAACGGGUUGUGUUGCAGGCUUGCAGCCGGCGGGUGUGGUGGGUGUUUGGUUGGGUGGGCGCCGUUAGUGCCACCCCAGUAACCCAAGAGCGGCUGGAGACAGGACGGGGACGUAUUGCAUGGUACCGCAGGGUGUGUGGUAAGGGGUGCAGGUGCGGUUACUUUGGCUGCUUAUGUGAUCUAAUGGGUGGGGAUGUUGUGCGGUGGGGAUUACUCGGUGUCGUCAGUGAUAUCGGGCUUUUUGCGUCUUACGAGUUUUGGCAUACCGGUAUUCCUCUUCACAAUUUAUUAGGAUGGGCUGCCUGUGAUGUAGGUUGCUUGCAGGCACAGGUCAGUUGACCGGUUUCCCGCUUUACCGAAAGGGUAGUAACUAGUCGGCGCUGUUGCUAGCUGGAGCGGCUGGGACGCUGGGGGGAUGCCUGGUGUGUCUCCAUGACCUGCGUGGGCUCCUUGUGCGGGUGUGGCUUUUUGAAUUGUUCAGCGUUUAGAGCAGAGCGGCACUGCGAUUCAUAUAAGUUCUUAUAAGUUCUAUACUGGAAACUUUAGGAUACGAUAGGAGGGAUAUGAAGCGAACCGUGGGGCGCUGGUGGUUGAGGGUCCGUAUGGAAGGUUUGGUUGUACAGCAGGGUACGACCCCUCCUGGCACGCUGGCUUGAUGUACGGCAACACCCUGGCUUGCUAUACUGGCGUCUGACUUUGCGAUACUUUAAACCAUUCUCGAGUCCAUGCUGCCACCAACGCAAAAGCUUAGUUGUCAUGUCGCUUCGACCGCUUACCCCUCAGGCCCUAGGUCUUUCCUGCAGCAGGGUACCGUCGGCGCGGCGCCUGCGAACGGCCAUACGCGUCGCGGCUAGCUCGCCCGACGGCUUCCAAUACAUGCAGCUUGACCUUCCACCUCCGAUUAACAGUAACAUUCGCAAGGCAGCGUUCCUGAAAAGCAGCAAUCGCGUCGCGGACUGUCCGCCCGAUAAGCUACCUGAAUUCGCGCUUAUUGGCCGUUCGAAUGUUGGCAAGUCUUCUCUAAUUAAUUCGCUGACAAACAACGACAAACUUGCGAAGGUUUCUAAGGACCCGGGCAUGACCAAGUUAAUCAACCACUACUUAAUUAAUGACUCCUGGCAUCUUGUGGAUUUACCCGGAUAUGGGUUCGCCAAGGCGGGCAAGGCCAACCGCGAGGAGUGGCUGAACUUCACGAAGGAUUAUUUCAUAAGUCGCGACAACCUGGUCAGCGUGCUGCUGCUUGUGGACUCGAGUGUGCCGCCACAGACCGUUGACAAGGACUGCGCCAACUGGCUCGCCGAGUGUGAGGUGCCCUUCUGCCUGGUCUUCACCAAGACCGACAACCGCAAGCGCGACAUGCCGCCAAACGCGCAGAACAUCCGGGCUUUCAAGCAGCUGAUGUGUGAGGACUGGGAGGCGCUGCCGCGCUGCUUCGAGACCAGCUCCCGCACCGGCGCGGGUCGCUCCGAGCUGCUGGGCUACCUGGCCUCCCUGCGCCAGCUGCACACACGCAACACCUAGAGCCGGGGCAGCAGCGGCAGCGGCGGAAUCUAGCAGCAGGGGCAACACUUAUCGGUAGUAGCAGCGGCGGCGGCGGUUACUAGUCGGCAGGUGGUGGAGCGGCAGCGCCGGAAUGGCCGCUCGCUGGCAGCAGCGUGCCUGUUUUCCCCACCGGCUGCUACCGGUAGCUUGCAGGGAGGCAGCACGUGUGUUAAGGAGCCUGGCCGCGAGUCGGAACGUGCUGCGAUGGCCGGAUGCAUGUGUGUGGUGAGAAAACUGGCCGCGAGUGUUAAGAAAACUGGCCGCGAGUGUAUGCAUGUGCAUGUGUGUAUGUGUAACUGUGGAUGCGGGUGCAGCGUACAAGACAGUAUACGGACUGUGUACGAAAGGACCUGGGGACCUGUCUAGGGGGGGUGUCUUAUGCCAGCAUGUAGCUUUACAAGUUACAUUUAGUAACGUCACGUUACGUUGUUGUAACUUGGGCGUGAACUUCCUAUUGGUACCAUUGGAAUGCGGG